GUUUUAUAGCUAAUAGAAACUGUAGCCUACAGGCUGUAAUGGGAAUAGUGACGGAAGCUCGUCGCUUUUAACAACUCGCCGUCUCCUUUGAAUGUAAAAAGUAGGCAUCCAACCUCGGCAAGCGCUCUCCAUACCAGCAGACGAAACAACCAUGGGCUGUAAACAUCACACGUUAAAAAUAAUCAGUCGCGUAGAUCUGCACUGGAAUGCCCUACAUUGUGGAGAGGUGCGGUGUAGCUUUAGGUAUUGGCUUUAGGCCCUUUUUUUAACGUGUAAACAAACGGAGUAAAAGGAUUUCUCAUGGUCUUCCUCCAGUCUUACAAAACAUGAAUAUGUAUGCUGUGCCAAACCCGGAAAUACCAGGCUGUCCCCCAGGAUUAGAAUACCUGACACAGGUGGAUCAGCUACUCAUCAAACAGAAAGUUGAGCUUGUUGAAGCCCUCGUUGGAUUUGAAAGCAACAACAAGUAUGAGGUCCGUAACAGCAUGGGGCAGAAUGUGUUCUACGCUGUCGAGGAGAACGACUGUUUGAGUCGACAGUGUUGUGGUCCCAUGCGCUCCUUCGCCAUCCACGUGCUUGACAAUUUUGGGCAAGAGGUCAUCACCGUCACCAGGCCACUUAAGUGCAUGUCUUGCUGCUUCCCUUGUUGUCUACAAGAGCUGGAGGUGCAGUCUCCCCCCGGUAACACAGUGGGGUACGUUAUACAACAGUGGCACCCGUUCUCCCCCAAAUUCAUCGUCGCAAACGAACACAAUGAGCCUGUACUGAAGAUCCAUGGGCCAUUCUGUGGAUGGAGCUGCCUACCAGAUGUUGACUUUGAGAUUUUGACAAUGGAUGAAGUCAGUAAGAUUGGGAAAAUCAGUAAGCAGUGGACAGGACUUCUUCGGGAAGCAUUCACAGAUUCAGACAACUUUGGUAUCCAGUUUCCCAUGGAUCUGGAUGUGAGAAUCAAGGCUGUCAUGAUCGGUGCAUGUUUUCUCAUUGAUUUUAUGUUCUUUGAGACUACUAACUAGGAGCCAAACAGGAUAUCCAUGUAAGCAUACACACAUUCUUGGAAGAACAAGGCCACAAAGCCAUGAUGCUCAGUCCAAAAUGCCAUUAGAUAGAACAACCUUCAAACAGAUAUUUUGAAGGAAGUACCUAAAUGUUAUACUUUUGCAUGAACGAUGAAAUAGGUUUGUUUUAGUCUUAGCUGCUCAGGUUGGUUGUUAAAACAUGUUAGUGGGCUGUGAGUACAGGACACUGUUUUCAGACAAUGUUUCAUUUGGGUUCACAUUAUGGUUGCUGAGCCCAUCUGUGCCCAGAACCUUUAGCUACUCUUAAACAACUUGAAUAGUAGGAUAACAUCCAUAUAUAAAUGGAUAAAAAGAAACACCAUUGCAGGCAAGUGCUGUUAUAUAGUUAGUGAAAAGAAAGACUGGUUAUGGUAUGCAUGCCAAGGAGGUCAGUCAAAUAGCACUUGUGUAAUUUGGUCACAUUAACGGUCAUGUUACUUUAUACGGAGCCCUUUGCUUGUAGCAAUAUUGUGGGAGAACUGAACCACUCAUGUAAUAUCAUAGUUUGACGUUCAGAUAAUCAAAGCCCUCAUUUAUUUUAUUGUUUAUAUUUUGGUCUGUUACACAAUUCUUCAACAUAGAGUAAUGUGCGUGUGCACUGCUUUGUGAGUGUGUCUGUGUAUUAUGCGUGUACUUCUGUGUGUGUUUUAACUAGUAACUAUCAUAGCAUUACAAAAAUAUUUUCACUGCCAUAAUAAUUAUGCAUAGUCAAUUGCAGAGGUUGUUUGUUUGGGAACGGCGAGGUUAUGGCUUGAUGUGUCCAAGUCUUGUCCACAAGAGGGAGAUAGCUUUCCAUUUAAGGAUAACCCAACACAGCCCAAAUGGACAAACUGAAUACCUCCAUAUGCUAUAUGGUUUUAAUUCAAAUAUUAUUGUCUAAUUACAAAGUAGAAUUUUUGGACAAACUCAGGUUGAAAUGCAUGCUACUGUUGGCUCCAGGAAAUAAACACCUGCACCUGAUACUAUACAUAUGAAGAUAAUCACAUUUAGUACAUUAAAUCCUCUUAGCCAUAUAUUUUGAACACAUCGUGUGGUUAUCAACAUGACUUUUGAUCUUUCUAGAUGAUGCAUUACACAUGGUGUGACAGCUCUACAUGUGUCAAAAAUGCAAGAGUUAAAUAACACUUUAAUUUCCAUCAAAUGGCCAUUGAUAUGGCUGUGCACCACGCUUCAUUGUAAAAUUCUAAAUGUGUUUUAAUAAGUAUGGUCAUCAAUCUGAUGUGGCUGGUAUAAAUAAUUGUUGCAAAAAUAUUAUCUGUGCUACAUCAACAUUAAGGCCAAUAAGAGCUAUUUUGUAGCAUUAGAAUUCGGGACGGGUAUCAAUGAUUUCCUUAAUGGAUUCAAUUCCCACUCACAUGGUCCUGAUUCCAGUGCAUCUCCGACUCGAUUCCAUGUCACUUAGGUUAGGAACAUUUUAGUUUCAAUACCAAUUUUGCUUGGUUAUGAAAGAGAUUAUCAAAGAACUUAUGCUAACAAACAAGAAGCAACCCUUAAUUUUAAUAAUGCAGGUUAAUGUUUACAUUAAGAUUUGACCCCCAAAAAGCAUGUUUAAAGUACUUUUUACUUAUACAUCAAACGUGAAAAAAGCAUUUUAAAAGAUUGAUUUCUGGAUUUCAUGAAUCAAUAGCAGAUCACUGAAAGAAAGAAAAUCAAUUUUAAUUGGAGAAUGGAUUAUUUUAACCCAGCCCUAUUCACGAUAACAUGUAUGUCUUCAGUGCUUCAGGAAAACUGGAAAAACAUCCAUCUUAAGUUAUCUUCUAAUGGAUAUUAACUGGUAAAAGCUUUUAAGGCUUUAAUGUUUGUUAAACAAAUUAUGAGCUUUCAGUUGGAAGAGCUAAUCUAGACGUUUUUGAUGUCAGUGUUUGAGCUUUAAUAUAUUGAUACUUGUUUGUAGUAACUACCAUAAGUGGAUUAAUCUCACCUUUUAUCAGCAUUUUUUUCAAAACUUGAUAUAAAGACUUAAUAUACCGUAUUGUACUGAUAGAUGGUUUUUCAGUCUAUUCUGUUUAUUUGGUUUAAGUUGUUGAGAUACUACUAUAUUUAAAUACAUUUGCAUUUCAUUCUGGCCAUUAAGAUUACCCUGAUGAUUUGGUAUGUCUUGUUUGGUAGAAUGGAUUAAUAGUAUAAGAUGCUGGUGCCACUUUCUCUGAAAGCUCUUUGAUUGAUUGUGAACUUUAAGUCAGAAUGUUAUACAAAGGGAGUUUAGCUAUUCCCAGUUUUAUUUAUAUAUAUAUAUAUAUAUAUAUAUAUAUAUAUAAAAACAGUACUUAUUCUUCUACUUUUGCACUAAUACUGGGAACUAAGUCAAACCAUGCAAUGAAUGCAAACUAACUCUGUGAGCUAAGUGUAAAUUGUGCAAAUAGUCUAUGGAAACACUUCAAUAAAAAA